GUACGGAAUUGGAUUCCUGAAGGUCACCGAGGGCGGCAUUAGUUUCGUUGAACACGUCAUUGUUUACUUAAUCUGGCGAAGAAACAAAAUGCCAGAAUUAAGUAGGGCAGAUAGAAUUGCAGCUGCACAGAAGAAGCUGAAGGAGUUUCAGGCAGCUAAAGCUAACAAAAAUGCAAAUGAAAGCUAUUCAAAUCAAAAUUCCUCAGUCGAUACUUCAGGGUCUGCAGAUUACCAAGCUAACAAUACCCCUCAUCAACACACUAAUUACCCCUACAUGUUACCAUCUGAUAACAGUCAAUUCAGUCAAGGACAACCGGGGCAAUAUCAGCAACACUAUAACUUACCAAGUGUAACAAAUACAGGAUAUUAUGCAAAUUCUGAAAUAUAUCAACCUCAGCAACCUCAGUAUGAUAUGUCGAGUGUCCCAGCGGAGUAUAAUAAUACUACGUCUAAUUCACUGGCGAGUUACUUUAACAAUCCAAACAAUUAUUACUAUUGCCCUGCUCCUCCUACUCUUCAACCGCCAAUACCGCCGCCAGCACAAGCAUCAGUACCAUUUGUUCCUAGCAGUAAUUAUGCUACCCCUGCUCCUGCUCCUCCUCCCCCGACUUCUUCUACCUUUGUUGUUGUUUCUCACUAUGAUAAUGGCGUUUCCGGUGGUGUUUCCAGUGGUGACUAUUAUACACCCGUUGCAAAUCUCACUGAUAAUCAGAUCUUAUCCUCGCCUACCUCAUCACCAUUAUCAUCAUCAUUAGCAUCAUCUGCAUUUCAAAUACCGUCGAAUAGAAAUAUGCACCAAACAAUACCACCACCACCGCCGCCCCCGCAUCCAGUCGAGUUAAAUGUAUCUACUUGUUGUAAUCCACUCGAUUUAAGUGAUCAAAAUCAGAUAACGUCGGAUGGUUGUCCUGCCGCUACCACUACUACUUCGUCUUCUUCUGUUGUAUGUCCAGGAGUAUAUCAGAAUACUUUUUCAUCUAUGCCUUAUGAUGUAAAUAUUUCUACUAAUGACGAUAUUGCUACUACUACUACUACUACUACUACUACUAAAGAAGAAUCUCAUUUGGAAUCUGAAAUUGAUGACAAAGUAACUGUAGAUAAUAUGCCUACAGCGACAACCGAAAAACUUUUACAAUUAACUCGUCAGUUGGAUGGUAUAUUAGAGACAUCAGAACGUUUAACUUCAUUGCAUACAUCCGGCGCUACUAGUCCUCUGAUGAAUGAAUAUUCUUCAUUUCGUACUGGUAACAACAGGAUACUAUCUUCACCGUCAAGUUUACUAGAGUCAUAUAGUUAUCCCGAGUUGUCCAGUCAACAGAAUCAUCGAAUGGUUGAGUCUUAUGAGCAACAGCAGCAGCAACAACAACAACACCAGAAGGAGUUUUUACGUUCAACACCGAAUUCGUAUAUGUCUGGACAAUCAUCCCAGGUGUGUACUGGACAAAAUUCUUUAGUUAGAGAACUUGAGGAAAGAAAUGUUGAAUUAGCUUCAAUGCUGGAGAAACGUAAUCGUGCUUUUGAACGUUUACAAGUUAAACUCGAUUCAAUGAAAGAACAAUAUGAGCGUCGAUUCAACGAUUUGGCUAAUGAACGUACAACGUUACAGAAUAGUUCACAACGUGAUUUAGAAAAAACUAAAGAACAAAUACGUGCACAUGCUAAAACUAUUGGAGUUUUAGUAGCUGAGAAAACUGAACUUCAAUCUCAAGUGGCACAUUUAGAUAAUUUAGCUGCAGAAAGAUUGAAGGAAAUUGAAGAAAUCACCUCUCGUUUAAAAUCUUCACGUCAACAAAUUUUAGAUUUAGAGCGUAGCGCUUCAGAAAGUAAAACUGUGGUAAAUGAAUUACACACUGGAAAUAAUGAUCUUCGAUUGGAGGUUGAACGUCUCCAGGUUGAUUUGAAACGCGAGAAAAAUGCUCGUCAAAAUCUUGAAAAUGAAUUAUCAGAGACAAAUUCACGAUUGACAGCUAAAUCGUGUGAAUUAGCCCAAAUGGGAAUUAGUCUAAACGAAUUAAAACAACAACUUGAAUUAUCACAGAUAUAUGCUAAUCAAUUAGGCAAUACAGGAGAAAGUCUAGCCGGUGGUGGUAUAGAGAAUGAAAAUUAUCGUCAUCAACAAGAAUGGUUAACAGAGCGUAUUAAUCUACAGAAUCGAUUGAAAGAGCUUGAAUUAUCUCUAUCGUCUGCUGAUACAGAGAAAGGACGAUUAGAAUCACAAUAUCGUAAUUAUGUUGCACAGGUUGAACAACAGUCGAAUGAAUUACGUACACAAUUAUCAGAGACGAAUAAAUUAAAACAAGAAUUGGAAUUAUCUUUGGAAUCAGUCAAUAGGAAAUUACGUGAAAAAGAUGAUGAAAUUAAUGAUCUAACUUGUCGUUUAAGUUCAGUUCAAAUGAUACAGUCUACUACUUCACUGCCUGCUGUUGUUGAAACUCAAUCGCCUAAUGUUGUUAAUAAUGAAAAGUCUGAUGCGGUGGUAAUAACAACAACACCGGCAGCGUCAUCAGCAUCAACAUCCGAUCAAUCAUCCAUGGAACGUAUAGAAUCACUUGAAAAUCAGCUGAAACAUCGUACUGAAGAAUUGGAUAAUUCAACUACCGAGAUUCAACGAUUAACUAUGCAAUUGUAUUCACUACAAGAAACUGUGAAGAGUUUACAAGCUUCACUAGCUGAUCGUGACAGUGUUCUAGCUACAGCUACAUCGGAACGCAGUGCUCUAAGUCGAGCUAUGGAACAGAAUAAAACCUUGAAACAACAAGUUACCGAUCUGCAGGAUGCCUAUGCACAAAUGACUACAACAAAUGCUAAUUUAAGCGUACAAUUACAACAAUUAGAAUCUGAAUGUAAACAAUCGAGUAAUUCAAUGACAAAUUAUCAAAAACAAGUUGAUGAAUUAAACAAACAGUGUGAUGCCUAUCAAUUAGAAUUAAAAUCAGCCAAUGAAAUGAAUUAUGCCCUGUCUAAACAAAUUGAACAUUUAAAUAUUUUACAACAAGCGGAAAAUUUGAAUCAUGUGGAAACAAUGAAUCAGUCAACAAAUGUGCUUUCAGUUGACAAGGUAAUACAAACUAUUCAUAUAGAAGAUGAUGUAAAGGAACAAAAUAAUCAAGGGAAAAGUGAUUCUGUUCAACAUGAACAAUACCAAGGACAACAACAACAAGAGGCAACUAAUAUGAAUGAAUUACUGGCGAAAAUUGAAACAGAUCAGAUACAUGUCAACCAACUUACAAAUGAAGUAACAAUGUUACAAAAUUUAUUUACACGUGUUACCAAACUUUGUUAUGAAUUACAAGCAGAAAAUGAACAAGACAAAGAAUUAAUGAAUCAAUUCAGCGAUCCUGUCUAUUGUAUUAACGCUUUAGAAGAGUCUGUUAAACAGUUGAUGUAUAAAUCAUCCAUAAGUGUAAAUGACACUUGUGUACAAUGCUCAAUAUCUAUGGAACAGAAAGCAUUAGAGGACUUAGAAGUACUUCAAGUUGCUCAUACACAAUUAGAAGCUAAAUUUAUCAAAUGUAUGGAAGAACUCAGUACGGUCGCUGAAGAACGCAGUCGAUUAGAAAGUGUAAAUGCUCAGUUGGAGAUGGAAGCGACAACAGUUGAAGAAUAUGUAACACUAUUCACGCAUAGACGUGCUGCUGCAGCAAAACGUGCUAGAGCUCGUGAAUUACUGCUACAACGUCUUGUCGAUGACAGGAAACGCUUACGUCUACGUUUACAACAACUUUAUAAACAAAUGAAACCUGUUCAAAGUCAAGAGACAAAUGGAAAUCAUAAUGAACAUUUAGGAGAAAGAAAUACAACAGAAGAGGUGAACGAUACAAACUUUUCACCUGGAUUCCUGAAUGAAUUUCAAAACCUUAUUCAAGAAAUUGAACCAACUGUCGAUGAAUCAGAGUUUGAAUCAGGUGCAUCCAACUUGAACGAUGAAGAUAUGGGUAAUUCAAUGAAGGAUCCAACCAGUGAUGUUGAUGAUGGCCAUGGUGAAGAAUUUGUUCAUCAAAAUUCAACUGAUGACAUCCAACAGGAAAAUCAUACAGCACAACUAUCAUCAUCAUCAUCACCCUCCUUACAAAGUCUACGAUAUCAUGCACUUCGUCACGACUGUCCACAUUGUAAAUGUUGUGUUGGUAAUCUGCUAGAAGUGUAGUGUGGCAAUAAAUAGAAGGCGGAGUGGACGGGGAGAGUUGGGAAAGAAACAACACCUAGCGAAAAUCUCAUUCUCAAUUGUUAUUAUUAUUAUUAAAUUUCUUCAUGUCUUUCAUACUAUGUGCCUGUUUAGAAUUGAACAACACCAGAAAAGCCAACAAACAAUAGUCUCUUCACAAUAUUCCCCCAUGUUUAGGCAAGAAAAAAAAGCGCUAUGUGAUCAAUUGUACAGAUUAUUUCUUUUCUUUCUCUUUCGGAUUAUUUGUUUUUUUUUUCGUUUUUCUCUUCUUUUUUUUCGAAAAAAUUCAUGAUUUUUCUUUUUUUGUUUUGUUUUCUUUCCAACAAUAUUAAUAUUUUCGAAUUUUGUAGUAUGUUUUGGGAAUGAAUGAUGAGUAGGAUAAUAUAUGCAUACAAAUUAAUGGUUGUGAUACUGUGAUUUAUACAUGUGACUGACUGUAUUGUAAUAAUACCCUAAGAAUUAUAGAUUUCCUAUCCUGCUUUGGUCUUUUAUGUGUUUCUGGUUG